UUUGUUUUACACACAGUUGCCACUGGAGAGGAGAGGAGAGGGGAAGGGGUGAAAAUGAUCGGAAGUUUGCUGACAGUGUGUGAGUGGAGGUAAUCGUGAGCCAGUCUGCUGUUUCGCACUUAGGGCGCCUGUUUCAGGCUGAAUUUUCAAGUUCGGGCGCGUGUGGAUUUCCAGCCGCUUCCUGCUCCUGGGGCUGGGCAUUUGUACCUUGUGGCGAAUGUAACUUCCAUUCUGAACUUCUGCUGGCGUAUGGCAACUUGCUGAGCGCGGAGGGACUGGACAGCCCAGGGAUAAGAAAAGGGUGAAUUAAAACGCAGGUUGGACUGCACUGAAAUAGCUACAUGGCUUACACACUAACCCCAGAUCCUGCAGCACUUGUCGGCUCAGCCCAGUGCUGUGUCUGUAAAGUGGAGCUCUCUGUGUCUGGCCAGAAUCUCUUAGACAGGGAUGUCACAUCUAAAUCUGACCCAUUCUGCGUAGUGUUCAUGGAUAUCAACGGAAAAUGGUCAGAGAUUGGCCGAACAGAAACAGCCAUGAACAACCUAAAUCCAGUAUUUGCCAAGAAAUUUGUGGUAGACUAUCAUUUUGAAGAAGUGCAGAAACUGAAGUUUGCCUUGUUUGACCAAGACAAAUCCAGUAAACAGCUUUAUGAGCAUGACUUUCUUGGAGAAUUUUCAUGUACGCUCGGAGUGAUUGUUUCAAGUAAGAAGAUGACAAGGCCGCUUGUUCUGACCAAUGGGAAACCUGCUGGAAAAGGAACAAUAAUGAUAAGUGCCCAAGAAAUCUCCGAUAAUAGAGUAAUCACCCUCAGCAUGGCUGGAAGAAAGCUGGACAAGAAGGAUCUUUUUGGAAAAUCCGAUCCCUAUUUAGAAUUCUAUAAACAAGAGGAAGACGGAAAAUGGAUGCUGGUACAUCGAACAGAGGUUAUAAAGAAUACUCUUGAUCCUGUCUGGAAGCCUUUCAGUAUGCCAUUAGUGUCCUUGUGUAAUGGAGAUGUAGAAAAAACUAUAAAGAUUCUCUGUUAUGAUUAUGAUAAUGAUGGUGGACAUGAUUUUAUCGGAGAGAGCCAGACAACAGUUGCCAAGAUGUCUGAAGCGAGCAACUCCAUGGAGGUUGAAUUUGAGUGCAUUAAUUCCAAGAAACAAAAGAAGAAAAAGAACUACAAGAAUUCUGGAAUAAUUAUUGUCAAAUCUUGCAAGGUAACCAGAGAUUACUCCUUUUUGGAUUAUAUUCUUGGUGGUUGCCAGCUGAUGUUCACUUGCAGCACCAAAGAGGCAGAACAAAAAAGAACAGACGGUGAGGAGGUAAGAGGAGCUAUUGAACAGCAGCAACAGCAGAACAAUGUGCGGAUGAGAGAUGAAGACUCUUUUGGAACAAGUAAAGUCAAUUACAAGCAGGAUUCUAUAGCAAGCUCUGCUUGGGAUAGUGGGUGUGCUUAA